AUGGACUGCAUCCUGGGCAGUGGUUAUGGAGUCUAUUUAACUGUGCCGACAAGUGACAAUGAUGUGGUGAAUGCAGGGGAAUUGAAAACGGAUAAGUUUAAGGGCGAGAAGCCGACGAAUGAGAAAAGGCUGAAAGAUGAAAUGCUGAAAAACGAAAACCUCAAGGACGUCAAGGACGAAGUAAUGAACGAUGACCCAUCGAUUCAAGGGGAACAGCCGCCGAUAUCCGCUCCCCUGACUAAACCUUCACCUGACUUGACUGCGCGCAACGGACCUUCUAUAGACAAGCCAUGUGCCGACAAAUCGCCUGCCGGCAAGUCGCCCGGGAUGUUAGGCGACAAUGACGAAGCCCUUAGGAUUGAAGAAGCCAUUAGGGCCGACGAGGCGAUGAAGGGCGAGGAGGAUUCAACGGAAUCUCUUUAUUCUAGAGUCAUGAGCCAGCAGGCCAACUAUAUAACCAUGUCAGAUAUCAUUCUGGUGCGCCUAGUGGGUCGCGGCGCGUUCGGGGAAGUGUGGCUUGCUCAGGAUCUGAAGCAUGAUAGAUUCAUAGCGCUUAAAAAGUAUUAUUAUGGUGAAGAUAGAGACGGGUUCAAUAAAGCAUGUCUUCGCGAGAUAUCGUUGUUGAGGAUGUUGGCGGAUCACCCGAACAUCGUUUCAUUUUACGGUGUGUUGUUUACGUUGCCGAUUCGGUACGGUGACAGCACGGUGCCUUAUCCGUUGUCUGACGAGGAGUGUAGGCGCACUUUUGAUCCGCGCGUGGAGGACAGUCAGGCGGUGCGAGCGAGCGUGUGGUUGGCAUUUGAGUUUGCGCCAUUUGACUUGAACGCGUACAUCCGAUCACGAGAGGAGGUUUCGCAAUGUCUGUCGGCGAGUGAGGUGAAAUUUAUAGCCAGAGGUAUGUUGCAAGCAUUGGCGCAUUGUCAUGCUCAGGGAGUGUUACACCGUGACGUGAAGAGCGCGAAUAUAUUACUGGAUUGGAGCGGUCGAGUGAAGUUAGCGGAUUUUGGUUUGGCUAGACGGGCGUCACCGCCUCGCGUUGGUGUAUGUUUGGACGACGUAUUGGCGUUGCCGAUGGAUCCGGCAUGUGAGCGUGAUCCGCGAUUGACUAACCGUGUGGUGACAUUGUGGUAUCGGUCUCCGGAGUUGUUAUUAGGUGCGCGUGAAUAUACAGCGGCUGCUGACAUGUGGAGUGCUGGAUGUUUGGUGUAUGAAAUGUUAACAUCCAAGCCGUUAUUCAAUGGUAGUACAGAGGAGGCUAUGAUUGAGCAGUUGUUUGGCAAGUUGGGCGUGCCGCAAGAAAAGGAUUGGCCGGGUUGCACCCAGCUACCGCUCUAUAACGCCAUUCCGGCGCACCUCUUUGGCGCCAGUGGCCAUGGCAGCGAAUGGCUGCAACAAAAGACCGCAGCCAGUGGUGGACCCGAGGCCUGGAGUUUCCUCUCAACUUUACUCACUCUCAAUCCGCAACAGCGAAUCACCGCAGCAGAUGCAGUCAACCACCCCUGGCUGACCAGCACCACCACCACACAACUUCGCGUCAAUAUGGAGAACGGGAUUAAGUGUAAUUCUGUUAGCGUCCGCAAAGAACGAGAACGUCUUCUAACCGUCCAAAAAAAUGGCGUCACCCGUCACCUGCAUACUGGCAAGACUCUUAAACCCUCACCCUGGUAUGCAAGACGUACCAAUGAACUUGCUAAUAAUACUAAGAGACUCCAGGACGAGAUCAAAACAAAACGCGAACAACUUCAUCAACUAACCAACACCAUUCGAACGCACCGCACACACGCGCGUCUACAGCCCCAACCCGCCACCGCCGACUCGCUCGAAGAAGGAGAGAUAAAUUAG